GCACACAAUUUCACUAACAAAAUAGACUUGUGCUUUUGGUUAUUCCACAUGGACUUCCUUAUCACAAAACUCCAUGUAUAGGAUCCCAGUUCCUUCUUUUACUUCAUAGAUUCAAAACAAACUACGCACCAAAUGUGGUGUAAAAUAAACUCAAACCCUCCAGUUCUUUGGAAAUUUCCCACACAAAAACCAAAGCUUGGACCAAAAAUUAUCACCUUCUCUUCCUCUUCUAACAACCAAAAACAACAAGAACUUGGUUCCACCACUGCAGUUACUCUAGCCCAAGUCCCAGAAAGUAAUGAUUACAGUGUUAAGUUCAAGACUCUUGGAGGUUGCAAGCUUGGCAUUUCAAGGUAUCCUGAUUUUGAGUAUGAUGCUGAAGGUGGUUCAGGAACUGGGUCCGGUACAAAGGUCCCAGAUAGUGAGUUAAAUGAUGUAAUUUCAGUUUCAUUUGCCAUCAAAACACUUUACAUACCACCAUUGACAAGUAAAACAACUAAGUUCUUGGGUUUACCAUUGCCACCAUUUCUAAAGAUUGAUAUUGUCCCAGAAUCCUUUCAAGGGAGCAUUGACCGAGAAUCUGGCAAGGUUGAUCUUGAAUUCUUGGCUAAUUUCUGGUUUUCUGCUGGGAGUAUAUAUAGAGCUCCACCACUGCUGGUUAAGACAGUUUUGACAUCUGAGGAGUCAAAUGGAACUAUAAGAAGUGGAAGAGGAAAGAGGUUAGACAAAGAAGGCAAGUGCAGAUUAGUUGGGGUGGCAACUGUUGAUCCUAUUGAUGAUUUCCUAAUGAAUACAUUCCUUGGCCUUCCUACUGAAUGUCUUGCCAACCUGAAUGCUGUAAUCUCCAUUUCUAAUUCUUCUUAAGAUUUCAAAACCACAAUUUUUCCGAUUGUGAAAUCUGUUUUUCAUGCAGUGCCAAAAUCAUCCUAAAUGAAAUGGAGUAAUUGAUAAGUUUUUUCUUUCCAACCAA